AUGGAAAAAGAAAAAGACAAAAUCCGUACAGGUACUGUUGUUGCCGACUUCCUUCGAAAUACUGAACGUAACCCACAAGCAAUCGAGCUAUGCAAAGAAUAUUUAGUUUUACUAAACAACUCAGCACUGGGUAUAGAAAGUCAUUUUACCAAAGUACGCAAAUGUGACAUUUAUGUAGGAAUAUUUAAUUUACACAAUAACAUCUCUAAUGACAAAAACGCAGAAAGAUGCGGAAUAAAACUUCUUUCCAUGAUCCUCGACUUUGGUGACAAAAAAGAAGAAGCAAUCGUUACGUUAAAUCUGGCAGAGAUAUAUCGUCGGCAAAGAAGGUUUCUGAAGGCAGAAGAACUUUAUGAAAAGGCGAUCAAAAUCAAGAACGAAAUCGGAGACAAGAAUGGGGAAGCCCGAGGUUACAGUCAGCUAGGAACUGUGUUUCAUUCACUUUGUGAAUAUCAAAAGGCUAAAGAAUAUUGCGAGAAAGCACUUGCCAUCAAUAUAGAAAUUGGUCACAGGGCAAGAGUAGGAGUAGCACUAAAUUACAGAAACCUAAGAGUUGUGUUGUGUUCACUUUCUGAAUAUCAUAAGGCUAAAGAAUAUCACGAGAAAGCACUUGCCACCAACAUGGAAAUUGGUAACAGGGCAAGAGUAGUGGCUAAAGAAUAUCACGAGAAAGCACUUGCCAUCACCAUGGAAACUGGUGACAGGGAACGAGUAGCAGCUAAAGAAUAUCACGAGAAAGCACUUGCCACCAACAUGGAAAUUGGUAACAGGGCAAGAGUAGUGGCUAAAGAAUAUCACGAGAAAGCACUUGCCAUCACCAUGGAAACUGGUGACAGGGAAGGAGUAGCAAGGGCUAAAGAAUGUUUGGAAAAAGAACUUGCUGUCGUCACUGAAACCGGUAACAAAAGGCAUGAAGCCAGUAAUAACCAAGGACUAGGAGCAGCGUUUGAGAAGCUUGGCAAAUAUGACUUGGCCGAAGAACACUUAAAGAAAGCACUCUUGAUGAGCCGCAAUAAUGGUAGUAUUAGGGAGAGUUUAACGCUCUGA